AUGCAGUCUGUGAGGUUCAGCGAAGUGGUGGAGAGGGCGCUUGCGGAAUCUUUCCCCUCCGCCGACACUUUUGAUAGGCCCGACUUCGAUCCUGUUAAUUAUAUCAAUAAGGCCUUCCCUGAUGCGGCGAGUUUGUCGGAGCUUCCGGCAUUUGUCGAGAGCAGCGAAGCUCGAUUGAGGGAAACAGAGUGUUCAUUGGUGAGGUCGGUGGAGGCACAGGCAGCGAACGCAGUGACUGCCGAUAAGGAUCUUCGCAACGCAAAGGCCGCUGUUGCCGCACUCUAUGAACGCGUUUCAGACAUCAAGUUGAAAGCAGCGAAGAGCGAGGACACCGUACAUGAAUUGUGUCAUCAAAUUCGUCAACUUGAUACAGCCAAAACGAACCUAACAGCGGGCAUCAACUUGCUGCGCUCGCUGCAGCUUUGGAUGCUGCAACUGCAGACCCUCUCCACGGCCUUUGAGCGUGGUAAGUUCAUUCAGUGCCGAGAUGCGUUGGCAGAGGUGCAGAAACACUCAGUCACGUUUAGUUCUUUGAAGAAUAUACCAAAAGUUAAGCAACUCUUCGAUAAACAGGCAGUGCUAUGUGAGAAACUCGACUACUGUAUUCGCUAUAAGGUUUUUGGAAGCCUUAACGUCGAGUCGCUCGACGAGAAACAGUUGUCGGAGGCGAGCGCAGUUAUUGACCUCCUGGGCAACAACAGCAUUCGGGCUAUCCGUGAAAGUUUCAUUUCCACCAUGUUGGAGUCGUACACACAGCGGUUUCAACCGGGAACAGAAAGUGCUCAAUUGGAACGCACCGAGCGACGGUAUGUUUACAUUCGUACGCUUCUUGAGCAGAAUGAAUCUCUUUUCCGUAAUGCGUUUCCGCUUCGCUGGUGUGUGCCACAAGAGUUGUGCUUAACCUUCUGCCUCCGCACUAAGGCAGACCUGGAUCAGCUUCUGAGCGAAGCAAGUGGAAACGUCGAUGUGGUGGUGCUCACCUAUGUACUGCAGAAAACUAUUGAUGUGGAGCGUGACCUAACCCAUAUGAUGGCUUGGAAAGGGGACUUCCCCGGGAAAGAGGCAUUGCCUCAGUACAGAUAUAAUGGCAUCAUUCUGUCAUCCUUCAAGGAUCACAUGAAGCUCUUUGUAGACAACGAAGACAGGCUCAUGGGUGAAGCGUUAUCUCAGCCCAUUCUUAUUGAGCCAGAAAACAGCGUGAAGGGUGGUGGGGGUGACAAUGAGGGCAGCACCGCAAAGAAUGAGCCUGUGUACGGAUGGGGCGAGGAGUCCGGCAGUUCUGUAGGUCUGACGAUCCCCCUCUCGGCAGACCUUUUCCUAUUCAUAAGGGAGAGUCUGAAGCGUGCGUUGCGUAUCUCUCAGCAGGAUGUGUUACUGGAUAUGGCCGCGGUUUGGCGGAAGUACCUCCUGCACUUUGCAGAAUCUGUCGGGUCACUCAUCCCCAACCCUGCCUGUACUCGACAGGAUGUAAGACACGCGUGUAUUAUUGCGAAUACAAUGGAGUUGUGUCAAUCUACCAGCAAAGGUCUUGGUGACGAAGUUUGUACCCGAGGCGAGGUUCCGGCUCGGGUGAUGGGCUUCGAACAAGUGUCGGAGACAUUCUCCGCUUUGUACAGCAAAGCCAUAGUUUCCAUUGUUAAGGGAAUAGAAGCCAAUAUGACUCCCCUCAUCAUACAAUAUGGAAAUGAGCGCCUCUCUAAUAACAUCGAAGAUCACCUGGAUGUUCACGAUGAGUCUCCUCAUAUACGGUCCAUGACUGCCAGCCUACACGACAUGAUGGAAGUUUGCGCGGUACUGCUCCCACAAACAAACCUCCGGUUUCUCCUCGACAAAUUAGCCGCUACUGUGGUACCUUUGUAUACCGAAAUAUUUUACCGAUCAAAGUGCCUGUUGAGUGGCACCGCUGUAGGCCUCAUGCGGGUUGACUCGUCAGCGCUGGAGCGUACGUUCGUUCAGCUCCCCAACUAUAAUGAUCCCGAGCGCUUCGAGCCGUCAAAGGUUUCCGGGUAUUUGAAACUUGUCCGGCGGGAGUUUGACCGCUUCAAUCGCACGCUGAAUGUAUUACAGGUGGACCCCACCAUGGACGCAUUCGUUGAUGUGUACUAUGAAGCUAUGUUACCUGAGGACAGAUCCAUUCAAAACUUCGUGCGCCUUGUGGAAAUGAAAGGACGACGGCGGGAGGACAUACCGGCAUGGAUUGCUGCCCUUUCCAAACGAGGGGUUGUGGAGGUAACGAGACGUGACGGUCAGCGCGAGGUGGCCCGUGCUGCCACGAUUAAUACAAGUGAACAACCGAAUUCCGGUAAAGGGUCGAAGAUUUUUGGUAAUCUUACCAACGUCGUUGGCCGAAAUGCGCAACGGAGCGCCUCCCCAAACCCGCCACGGACCAGCGCGGCUAAAAAGACACAACUGGAAAAGGGAUUUGGUGAGCGUCUGGCGGAAGCGGCGUCUUCAAUGAAGUUUCUUUCUAACUUUAAGAAGGACAGCAACGACAAUAGUGCUAAUUAG